AAUAAUAAAUUGAUAAAAAUAGAAAGAAAGAAAAAGAGUGUUAACUUCCCGGCAGGAGCCAGUUUCCAUGAAUCUCCCUCGCACACAGACAGCCAGAUGGAGAGAUGACAGCAAAGCAAGGUCAUUGUUUUUCUCACAGGUUUUGUAUUUAGAAGAUUACCAAAGUCAAACACAACGUCACCUCCUUUAGAAGAUUGGGCUCUCAUUCCUUACACUUCCCCCUGUUUAUAUUCUGCUCCCUUCUCCCUCGGUAUCUCCCACAUCUCUCUCUCUCUCUCUCUCUCUCUCUCUCUCUCUCUCUCUCUCUCCGCACAGCCAUGGGGACCCAGGCUCCUUAUUAUGAAGACUCCUAUGUCUCCAACGACACCAACAAGAAGGAUGGUGAUGAGCGGUCGGCGAAGCAGAAGGCGAUCGAUGAUUGGCUCCCAAUCACAUCCUCCAGAAAUGCUAAAUGGUGGUAUUCCGCUUUUCACAAUGUGACUGCUAUGGUAGGGGCAGGCGUUCUGAGCCUCCCCUAUGCCAUGUCUGAACUUGGAUGGGGCCCUGGCAUUGCAGUGCUUAUCAUAUCAUGGAUUAUCACAUUAUACACACUCUGGCAAAUGGUUGAGAUGCAUGAGAUGGUACCAGGCAAGCGGUUUGACAGAUAUCACGAGCUGGGCCAGCAUGCCUUUGGUGAGAAACUUGGGUUAUGGAUCGUAGUACCCCAACAGCUUGUGGUCGAAGUAGGCGUGUGCAUUGUGUACAUGGUAACAGGUGGAAAGUCGCUCAAGAAAUUCCAUGAGACAGUUUGCGAUGAUUGCAAAAAAAUCAAGACGACCUACUUCAUCAUGAUCUUCGCCUCUGUACACUUUGUUCUUUCUCAGCUGCCAAAUCUCAACUCCAUUUCUGGGGUUUCUUUGGCCGCAGCAGUCAUGUCUCUUAGUUACUCCACCAUUGCUUGGGGAGCUUCUGUUGAUAAAGGGAAGCAACAAGAGGUGGAGUACGGAUACAAAGCUCAUAGCACAGCUGGCACCGUUUUCAACUUCUUUAGUGCGUUAGGAGACGUCGCUUUUGCAUACGCUGGUCACAAUGUGGUCUUGGAGAUCCAAGCAACCAUCCCUUCAACACCUGAAAAGCCAUCUAAGAAACCCAUGUGGAAGGGUGUGAUUGUUGCCUACAUCGUUGUCGCCGUCUGCUACUUCCCUGUGGCAUUGGUUGGGUACUGGGCCUUUGGGAACUCGGUUGAUGAUAAUAUCCUCAUCUCUCUAAAGAAACCAAGUUGGCUAAUCGCCAUGGCAAACAUGAUGGUUGUCGUCCAUGUUAUUGGAAGUUAUCAGAUCUAUGCCAUGCCUGUGUUUGACAUGAUGGAAACUGUCCUAGUGAAGAAGCUUCAUUUCCCACCUGGCCUUGUUCUUCGAUUGAUAGCACGCUCCUUAUACGUUGCAUUCACGAUGUUUGUUGGUAUAACCUUCCCUUUCUUUGGUGGGUUGCUUGGAUUCUUCGGAGGAUUUGCUUUUGCACCAACAACAUACUUUCUGCCUUGCGUCAUGUGGCUUGCUAUCUGCAAGCCUAAACGAUUCAGCUUGUCUUGGAUUACGAAUUGGAUUUGCAUCAUCCUCGGAUUGAUACUGAUGAUUGUAUCGCCCAUCGGCGGACUAAGACAGAUCAUUGUUACAGCCAAGACCUACCAGUUCUACUCGUAAGGUGGUUCUUGGAGUUAGAUGGUGAUGGUGGUAGGAGUGGCAUUGGCCCACCUUUCUGAGAAAGCUGCUUUAUAUGAUUAUAGUCUCCAACUCAUUUGGGAAUGUCACUAUAAAACCAACCGGUGGGAUCCAUGUCAUUGUUUCUUUGAAUAUAUGUAACACUACACUUUGUGUUUGUUUGGGAGAAUGCACUGGUCCACCUUCACUUUCUUCCGUAGAUCACCAUUGUUGGUAUAGAUGAUUAUUUGGCAUUGUUGCCUCCAUGUUUUUUGUUAACAAACCUUUAAUGAUUUCUUAAUGCAAAAAGAUCAAGGCCUUUAAGUUUCUA